AUGCGAUCCACUUGGACCUCCCGUCAGGCAACAGUCGCAGCAUGCUGCGUGCUCCUAGGGCUGACGACGGCGCAGGCGCCGGCGGCGCCGGAGCGGGGAGACUGCGCGACAAGCCUGCACAUGAUCGCGGCGCGCGGCAGCCUCGAGGCGCCCGGAGCGGGCUUCAUCGCCAAGGUGGCCAAGGACGUGGUGGCGGCGCUGCCAGGGUCGGACUUUGAGCCGCUCGUGUACCCGGCCACGCUUAACAACUACACCACGUCGGAGCAGAACGGCACCCAGGCCAUGCUGACGGCCAUCAUCGACUACGCCACCCGCUGCCCGCAGUCAAAGAUCGCCAUCAUGGGCUACUCGCAGGGCGCCCAGGUGUCGGCCGACGCCAUCUGCGGCACGAGCGAGUCGACCCCGUUCGUCGAGACUCAGGCUUUGGUGCCAGAGUUUUCUAGCAAGGUCGUCGCCGUCGUCCUGAUGGGCGACCCAUCGCGCGUCAAGGGAGCGGCGUUCAACCAGGGCAACUCUACAAAGGACGGUGUCUUCCCCCGUAAGAACAUCUCGGGCUGUGGCGACAUGGUCAGCCGUAUGGUGUCCUACUGCGACGCGGAUGAUCUGUUCUGCGAUAGCGGCAAGAGCCUCGACAUCCACGUCACAUAUGUGCAGAAGUACGGCGAUGCCGCCGUAAAGUUCAUCCUUGACCGGGCCAAUGGCACAGCUCAGCCUGCUGCGCCCGCCGCGCCCGCCCCGGCACCGGCACCGGCGCCGCCUGCCCCCGCCGCGCCUGCUCCUGCUCCUGCUCCUGCUCCGCCAGCACCCGCUCCGGCUGCUCCGGGCAGUCCUGCUCUCCACGUGGGUUACGUCUCAUUCGGUGAGAACAAGAAGCGUGCGCUGUCCUUUGUCAGCUAG